AACAACUGGCUGCACAGGAGAAAGGAGGAGUUGGUUGCUCCGUGCCUAGUCUAGCAUUACCCACUGCAGAAGGGACGGGGAGGGGAAAGCCAAUCGCUUGCAAAAAUGAAUGUGGUCUUUGCAGUGAAGCAAUAUGUGUCCAAGAUGAUUGAAGACAGCGGGCCUGGGAUGAAGGUCCUCCUGAUGGAUAAAGAAACGACCAGUAUCGUGAGCAUGGUGUAUACACAGUCAGAAAUCCUUCAGAAGGAAGUUUACCUCUUUGAGCGCAUCGAUUCUUUGAACAGAGAGACUAUGAAACACUUGAAAGCAAUCUGUUUUUUGCGACCGACAAAGGAGAACGUGGAAUACCUCAUUCAGGAGCUACGGAGGCCCAAGUACAGCAUCUAUUAUAUUUAUUUCAGUAACGUGAUCAGUAAGAGUGAUGUAAAGUCACUGGCUGAGGCUGACGAGCAGGAAGUUGUGGCGGAAAUUCAGGAGUUCUACGGAGAUUACAUUGCUGUGAAUCCACACGUGUUUUCCCUCAACCUCCUGGGCUGCUGCCAGGGUCGCAGCUGGGACCUGGCCCAGCUGUCCAGAACAGCCCAAGGGCUGACUGCUUUGCUCCUGUCUCUGAAGAAGUGCCCCAUGAUUCGUUACCAGCUCUCCUCUGAUCCUGCAAAGAGGCUUGCUGAAUGCGUCAAGCAAGUGAUUACUAAAGAAUACGAGCUGUUUGAUUUCCGGCGCACCGAAGUUCCUCCGUUACUGCUUAUUCUGGACCGGUCUGAUGAUGCCAUCACCCCACUUCUGAACCAGUGGACGUACCAGGCCAUGGUCCAUGAGCUGCUGGGGAUUAACAACAACCGAAUCGACCUCUCUCGAGUACCCGGCAUCAGCAAGGAUCUCAGGGAGGUGGUUCUGUCUGCUGAGAACGACGAGUUUUACGCCAACAACAUGUACCUGAACUUUGCAGAGAUCGGGAGCAAUAUCAAGAACCUAAUGGAGGAUUUCCAGCGGAGGAAACCGAAGGAGCAGCAGAAGCUGGAGUCCAUAGCGGACAUGAAGGCGUUCGUGGAGAACUACCCGCAGUUCAAGAAGAUGUCGGGCACGGUAUCGAAGCAUGUGACUGUGGUGGGGGAGCUCUCCCGGCUGGCCAGCGAGCGGAACCUGCUGGAGGUGUCGGAGGUCGAGCAGGAACUGGCCUGCCAGAAUGACCACUCCAGUGCUCACCAGAACGUGCGGCGGCUCCUGCAGAAUCCCAAGGUGACCGAGUUCGAUGCCACGCGGCUGGUGAUGCUCUACGCCCUGCACUAUGAGCGACACAGCAGCAACAGUCUGCCCGGCCUGAUGAUGGACCUCAAGAACAAAGGGGUUUCCGAGAAGUAUCGGAAGCUGGUGUCAGCGGUUGUGGAAUACGGUGGGAAGCGGGUCCGGGGCAGCGAUCUCUUCAGCCCCAAGGAUGCUGUUGCCAUCACCAAGCAGUUCCUCAAAGGACUGAAGGGCGUUGAGAACGUGUAUACUCAGCAUCAGCCCUUCCUGCACGAGACUCUAGAUCAGCUCAUCAAAGGAAAACUUAAGGAUGGCCAGUACCCCUACCUGGGUCCCAGCACGCUCCGGGACAGGCCUCAAGAUAUUAUUGUGUUUAUCAUUGGAGGAGCAACCUAUGAAGAAGCGUUAACUGUGUAUAACCUUAACCGCAGCACCCCUGGGGUCCGGAUCGUAUUGGGCGGGACCACCAUCCACAACACGAAAAGCUUCCUGGAGGAAAUUUCAGCCUCUGGGUUCCGCGGCCGGGGCACCGAGAGCUCUCAAGUUACAGCGAGAGCGAGCAGCAGGCGGUGAACGCGGGGGGCCGCCGCCGCUUCCCAUCUGGAGCUCCCACAGACUGACCAGGUGGCGGCGGAGCAGCGCUGGGUGCUCCUGCGGUCCGUCCUGCUGCUGGACGACACGCAAGAUGGCCUCUGCCGCGCCGGGCCAUGCCCAGAAUCCCAGCAUCCUCGGCGUUACCUUCCUGCUCGGCUCUCUAAUGGGGCAUGAUGGAAGAACCGCAGGGAGGUGGCGGAAUCGUAGAUCCCGGGAAAACGUUACCUGUGGGUGCCCAGCGCCUUUGAACACCCAGCUACUUCUGUGUCUCUUCAUAACCACAACUGGCCUGCCCAGAAUCUCCA